GUUUCAAGGUUGUUCGAUACAGCAAGCUAUCAUCAUGAGCAAGGCUACUGACCUUUCAGAGGCUCGUUGCCAGGCUUUGCUGAAUUACCUGCAAGGUUGUAAACGCGGACAACCCAAAUAUCCACAAGGCUUCAGCAUCAACGACAGAAGAGGGCUUCGUCAGCAGGCAACGUCUUUCCACAACGAGGACGGUGUACUCUACCACAAGAAGGAUGAUGUCAAGGCAGGUGUGUUGAACCUCCGGAGAGUAGUCGUGUCCAGAGAAGAGCAAGUGAGAAUUAUGCGAGCCUGUCAUGAUGGUGUGGACGGAUGUCACUUUGGUCGUGACAAGACAUUCAGCAAGAUAACUCAGGAUUACUAUUGGAAAGGCAUGGCAAAUGAUGUCCAACUCUACUGCAACUCGUGGUGACACUUGCCAGCGUGUGAAUCCUAGAAUGCCCAAGCAAAGGCCAGAAUUACACCCCAUUCCAGUUACUGAUGUCUGGAACCAGAUUGGCAUAGACAUUGUUGGGCCACUUCCAGAAACUGUCCGUGGCAACAAAUACAUCAUAACAGUCACUGACUAUUUCUCUAAGUGGCCAGAAGCUGGUCCACUACCAGACAAAAGUGCAGUUGGAGUGGCUAACUUUAUGUUUUCCCUGUUUUGUUGUCACGGCUGGCCGAAGAUUGUCAUAUCUGACCAGGGUAGAGAGUUUGUGAAUGCAGUCUCUCGAAAUCUUUUUGAAAAGACAGGAGUGGAUCAUCGAAUCAGUAGUGCAUACCAUCCUCAGACAAAUGGGCUAGAUGAACAAACAAAUCAGACAUUAGUCAAGUCCCUCAUCAAACUCAGCUCCUCCACUACAGACUGGGACCUCAACAUUGAGGUGUCACUUUAUGCUUACAGAAUAUCUAAGCAAGAUUCCUCUGGUUACAGUCCAUUCUUCCUCCUCUACAAUCGCCAUCCUAGGAAGGCAAUUGACCAUGAGCUAAGCAGCAGAGCACCUGAGAAUGAGUCUGAAAUUGAUACCAUGCCAUCACCACAAGACCGAGAGGACAUCAUCAACACACUCUCCGAUCUGCGGCAACACUACCAAGACAGGGCUAGAACAAACAUUCAAAAAGCACAAGAGAGACAGAAGAAGUACUAUGAUGCCAAGUAUAACAGCCACCAUGAACUCAAAGUAGGAUCUCUUGUCUUCAAUAAAGUUAUGAAACACUCUCAUCGCAUGGGGGGCAAACUAGAAGAGCGGUGGAAAGGGCCCUUUGAGGUAGUGAAGAUCAUGCCGAAGGGACGAUAUCAAUUGAAAUCCCAGUCUGGAACAAUACUGGCAAAACUCAUUCAUGGAACUCUACUGAAAGAAUACAGACAGUGCAUGGAUGGUGAAAGCAAAGACAACCAAAGCAAUCAAACUGAUGAUGGAAUAACAAGUGCCAACUCACCACCAAGCAAACUGUCACAGCAAUGCCAGAAUGAGGUAUAUAGAGAUGAAGUCGACGACUAUCCUCUACCAUCUCCCCCUCCCAUGUUUGUGCCUGAUGCAACUCCAUUACCCCCACUCCCUGACGAGAAAGUACUACUUGCAAUGGGGGACCCUCCAUCCUUGCUGCCACCUGUGUCUCCACCAUCACCUCCUCCUGUGUCGCAACCUAUGUCUCCACCGUUACCUCCUCCUGUGUUGCCAUCUGUGCCUGCACCUGCUUUGCCAUCAAAGAGUAGAAAACGAAAGCAAGUAAGUCUCUGUGCACAUGUCAUGAAAGUACAAAUGCAGAAGGUAGCAAGAGCUGAUGUGAACCCAAACAGCCCCAUCGAUGUGGAUGACUACCAGGUUUCCAUGCAACCACAACAUCCAAAGCAAUGGUUACAAGAGCUCGGAUUGGACAAUGGGGAUAGAAAGACUAUUCAGUCACCAACGGGUUGGCUGAAUGACAAUGUCAUCAACGCAGCCCAUCAAUUACUGCAGAAAGCCAAUCCAGCUAUGCCAGGCCUCCAAGAUGUUGCUUUGGGGUUGACUUUGUCAUUUCAAGUGCAGCCUCAAGAGUUUGUACAGGUACUGCAUGAUGGACAUGCUGAUUGGUUGACUGUGUCCAACAGUGGACUGCAACACUCUCACGUACACGUGUUCGAUAGCUUACGUUCAGCUGCAUCUUCGAGUUUGAAACUACAGAUCUCCAGCCUUCUUGUGACAAAAGAGCCCCACAUCACCCUGGAGUACAUAGAUGUUCCGCGACAAGUGGGAGGAUCAGACUGUGACCUGUUUUCGAUAGCAUUCGCUACUGCAUUGGUUUUUGGACAACACCCUGGACAACUGGUGUUUGACCAAACGCAGAUGCGAACACACCUACUGCAAUGUUUGGAAGCUAGUGAAAUGUUACCGUUUCCCGUGAAGAAGAUGAAGCGCACGAUACAAAUAAAGGCAAUUCAGAAAGUAAAAGUGUACUGUGUAUGCCGCAUGCCGUCCUGCACCAACUCUGACUGGAUAGAAUGCUCUACCUGCAAGGAGUGGUAUCACAGUGACACAUGUGUCAAUGUGUCCAAAAGCUUGCUGCACCCAAGAAGGCCAUGGAGCUGUACCAAAUGCAAUCCUGCUUGAUUGAACACCUAGUCAUUAUUGCUGCCUUGAAAUAAUAGUAUCUCAAUGGGAACACAUGAGCACAUUUAAACUGAAUGCUGUGUGUGUGUGUGUGUGUGUGUGUGUGUGUGUGUGUGUGUGUGUGUGUGUGUGUGUGUGUGUGUGUGUACUAUGUCUCGUUGCUACCUCACCAUGGAGGUGCAGCGGGGUCUUCACCCCCAACAGGGCACCCACCAACCCGGCGGGAAGGUCCCAGAAAGGUACAUGCUUCUGUGAAGUCCACUUGGCGAUCUGACAGCCGAUAAGACAGUCAACUGCGCAUUGCGAUGAUGUUAUAUGUAUGUUUGUAUAUCUGUCUGUAUGUGUGUAUGUACAUGCUAUGAGCAAUCUAGGAAUUGGCACAGUUACAUGCAGGAUUCUAAAAACACAGUGCACAACUUAAAUUGUCACACAGCAAGGCAUGAUUCUGAAUAACACAAUGAGCUUUGACAUUAAUUGUUUGUCACGAACUGACAAGACAAUAUAGAGUUCAUCACCAAGCAGGUGUUACCAUGCAAUCUGGAUAAGUAGCAAUUCAAAGCACCUACAUACAUACAUACACACAUACAUACAUACAUACAAGCCAGUCUAUUACCAGAUUACUUCUAAGCUACAAGGUGCCAAAAAGUUUAGCAACAAAGAGGACAAGCU